AGCACAAGUAAAAAAAAUAUCUAAAAAUGAACCUUUAUUUGUUUCUGAGGGAAGAUUGUCGGUGUUGCACGGUUACCAUAGAAACGGAAAACAGUCGCGGACGGUUGCCGUUGAAGGAUUUUAUAGCAGGAUGGACUCAGAGUACCUAAAACAGACAGUGGGGAGAUGUUUAGUAGAAGCUCUGGUAGAAGUGGUGGAGCUCAGGCCCCCAGACCCCAUUGAGUUCCUCGCUCACUACAUCUACAGAUACCAGGAGAACAUGGAGGACGCCAAGAAGAAAGCAGAAUACAAGAGGCAGGUGGCGGAGGAGGUGCAGAAAUGCAAGGCGGAGGCCGAACAUCAGAAGCGGCUCAAAGAGGAAGAGGAACGAAUACGAGCCGCACAGCAGGACGUAAAGACGGCAGGGACGAAAGAUGCGGACAGAGCGCCCUCUAGAGAUGGGAAUGAGGAAACGACAGACGAACCUGCGAACGAGUCGACCGUAAGGGAUUUAGGUGGAUCGAAACCUCCAGAUGCAGAUGGUAUGAUCUCAGAGGACACAGGUGAUGCAACGAAGCACCCUGAAGAACCAGCGAGCGUGAUAGAACCCAGUUUAGAAGAAGCGGAGGUGAGGAGACAAGUCACACCCACUGUGAAGGAUUCAGAUAGAUCAAAACCUCCAGAUGUGAAUGGUAUGAUCUCAGAAGAUACAGAUGAUGCAGCGAAACUCCCUGAAGAACCAGAGAGCGAGGUAGAACCGAGUCCAAGCCAAGCGAAGGAGGAGGACUCAAGCGGAUCGAACCCUCCUAAUGGACUUGUUCCGGUCGCAGAGGACUACCAGGAGGGAAAUCCUGAAGAAACUGAGAGCGAGAGACAAGUGAGCCAAAACGAAGGAGAAAAAGAGGAAGGAAGCAAUAAUGCACCACAAACUCUGAUCGGCUCUGCAGAGGAGGAACCGUUUGAUCCAGAACCUUCUCAGAUGCUGCAGGAAGACGCUGAGCUCACACACACCGACAAAGCCGAAGACCAAUCAGGAGCUCAGACGGAGAACGACUCUGCAGGACAGGAAGAGCCUGAGACCCUCAUCGACCCGAGCAUGCUCAACGACACAGAAGGAAGCAAUAAUGCACCACAAACUCUGAUCGGCUCUGCAGAGGAGGAACUGUUUGAUCCAGAACCUUCUCAGAUGCUGCAGGAAGACGCUGAGCUCACACACACCGACAAAGCCGAAGACCAAUCAGGAGCUCAGACGGAGAACGACUCUGCAGGACAGGAAGAGCCUGAGACCCUCACCGACCCGAGCAUGCUCAACGACACAGAGAAGAAUGAAGAAGAUUGAAGAAGACCUCUUUAAAUAUGAUUUAAACUUUAUAACUGUUUAUACAAUAAAUGUUAAGGUCUACAUAAAAAGAAAGCUUUCUGAAGUAUACGAGCAUGUUAAAUAAAUCUGGCAAAGUCACAAA